AUAUCCACGUCAGCAUUAAUUACUUGAUCUUAACUUUAGUCUGCUGAAACAGCUUCCGGCUUGUUCCAGCAAUCAGCACUCCUUCUAAUUUGUCCUGCAAUAAAUGCGAUGCUUAUUUUGUUCAUUCAAAAUGUGCAUUAAAUCCAAAGGUGUGGGAUGGUAAAGAUCUGGAAGGCGUACCAGAAGAAGAUGAUAUGAUAGAUGAUGGUGAGCCGUUCGAGAGGAUAGCUGAAGGAAUAAUACUCCAUCCUUUUCAUAGUCACCAACUACAACUUGAGAUCUUCAGAGAUUACGACGAAAAGAAGUAUUGUCGAGGGUGUGCGCUUCCAAUCUACGAAGGUCAAUUCUAUUCAUGCAUGGAAUUGGAAUGCCACUAUAUCCUCCAUAAAAGCUGUGCAGAAGCUCCACGUAUGAAACGGUAUCCCUUAUUUCCACAUCCACUUACACUAAAAGUUGCCACCACACAUGAUAGUGGCAGAGGUCACUUUUGUUGUAGUGAAUGUGGGCGUGAUGGCAAUGGCUUUUUCUAUGAGUAUCGUAAAGAGCAAAAAAUAUUCCGGCUAGACUUACGGUGUGCCUCCAUUAUGGAACCGUAUGAAUAUCAAGGCCACCAACAUCCCUUAUUCCUACCUUGGUACACAGAGGAAAAGACACCAUGUCAAGUGUGCAAAUACAAAAGCUACAACUCAAAGUUAAUUUGCAUGGAAUGCGAUUAUUCUAUAUGUCUCCGUUGUGCUACCUUCCCAUACAAGGCAAGGUAUAAGCAUGACAGUCAUUUUCUCACAAUCUGUGAUGGGAAAGAGGCAAAUGAUCAACCAGACUGGUGUGAGGUGUGCGAAUGCAAAAUAGAAGAUGUAAAGAAGCCUGGAUAUAAUAAGAAUAUGCAAAAUGUGGAAAAACGAUUUUAUAAAUGCAAUGACUGCUGCACCACUCUUCAUAUUGAUUGUUUAUUUGGGGGAGACAUGUACAUGAAGCCCGGUGAAACAGAAUAUGACUACCUCUCCUUUGGCGUGUACUCAUUCGAAGAUCGAGAUUACAAUUGGAUAGAUGUUAGGGCUCUUCUUAACAGUUCCCUCUCCCGACCAAUUUGCGUUCAAUGCAUGUGCCGUUGUCCAUUCCCAAUAUUUUUCAAGUUGAAAGGUAACGGCAGAAUAUACUGUUCUGUGUAUUGUCUUGGGUUUGCACGGUUAUGACUGAGCAAGUGAGCAUCCACCUAGUUUAUUCCUUUCUUUUCUUGUUAAUUUGGAGUAUUUUGAGAUUCUGGAUAUGUUGUUUUUCUUAAUUUCAGUUGUGCGUUGUAACUUUCUAUGUUGUUUUUUU